GUCAGGAGCUGUCCGCACCCCCGGUGCUGAACCAAGAUGGCCGGCGGCGGAGGCCGGGCCCCGGCGUGAGCUGAGCGCGGGCUGCAGCCCCGGCCAUGCCCCAGCCCAGUGGCCGCUAAGCAACACCUGACAGAGCCGGCCCGCCGGCGACCCCGGAGACAUGUCUCUACUUUGCGUUGGAGUCAAAAAAGCCAAGUUUGAUGGUGCCCAAGAGAAAUUCAACACGUAUGUGACCCUGAAGGUGCAAAAUGUCAAGAGCACGACCAUCGCGGUGCGGGGCAGCCAGCCCAGCUGGGAACAGGAUUUCAUGUUUGAGAUUAACCGCCUGGAUUUGGGGUUGACGGUAGAGGUGUGGAACAAGGGUCUCAUCUGGGACACAAUGGUGGGCACCGUGUGGAUUCCCCUGCGGACCAUCCGCCAGUCCAACGAAGAGGGCCCUGGAGAGUGGCUAACACUGGACUCUCAGGUCAUCAUGGCGGACAGCGAGAUCUGCGGCACCAAGGACCCCACCUUCCACCGCAUCCUCCUUGACACCCGCUUCGAGCUGCCUUUAGACAUCCCUGAGGAGGAAGCGCGCUACUGGGCCAAGAAGCUGGAGCAGCUGAACGCCAUGCGGGACCAGGAUGAGGUGAGCGUUGGGGGGGGCGGGGCGGGGGGACGACUCUGUUCUUCUUGUGUCUGUCUCUCUGUCUCCCCACGUCCUCGUCUCUCUCCACUGGUCUCCCCAUCCCUGGCUGGUCCCCACAGCCCCACCGGCAGCAGUCGCUAUGCCUCCUCGGGGGAACUGAGCCAGGGCAGCUCGCAGCUGAGCGAGGACUUCGACCCGGACGAGCAGAGCCUGCAGGGCUCCGAGAUAGAGGACGAGCGGGACCGGGACUCCUACCACUCGUGCCACAGCUCGGUCAGCUACCACAAGGACUCGCCGCGCUGGGACCAGGAUGAGGAGGAGCUGGACGAGGAGCUGGACGAGGAGCUGGAGGACUUCCUGGAGGAGGAGGAGGAGGAGGAGGAGGAGGACGAGGAGCUGGAGGAGGAGGAGGAGCUGCCUGACGAGGAGGAGGAGCUGGAGGAGGAGGAGGAGGUGCCUGAUGACAUCCGGAGCUACGCCCAGCGGGAGGAGGUGGCCGUGGCUGAGCCCAAAGACUUCAAGCGUGUCAGCCUCCCACCGGCCGCAGCUGAGAAGGAGGAUAGGCCUCCGGCCGGGCCUGCUGAAGCCCCCGAUGUGACCAAGGCGGCCCCUGGGCCAGCCGCACUGGAGGAGGUGCCCACAGCGGAGCGGGCCCCUGAGCCGGAGCCCCCCAAGUCUGAGGAGAGUUUCAGGCGACGAGAGGAUGAGGAAGGCCAGGAGGGUCAGGACUCCGUGUCCAGGGCCAAGGCCAACUGGCUUCGAGCCUUCAACAAAGUGCGGUUGCAGCUGCAGGAGGCCCGAGGAGAAGGAGAGAUGUCCAAAUCCCUGUGGUUCAAAGGCGGACCUGGCGGUGGCCUCAUCAUCAUUGACAGCAUGCCGGACAUCCGCAAGAGGAAGCCCAUUCCACUCGUGAGCGACCUGGCCAUGUCCCUGGUCCAGUCCAGAAAAGCGGGCAUCACCUCCGCCUUGGCCUCCAGCACUUUGAACAACGAGGAGCUGAAAAACCACGUUUACAAGAAGACCCUGCAAGCCUUAAUCUACCCCAUCUCCUGCACGACGCCGCACAACUUCGAGGUGUGGACGGCCACCACACCCACCUACUGCUACGAGUGCGAGGGGCUGCUGUGGGGCAUCGCGCGGCAGGGCAUGCGCUGCACGGAGUGCGGCGUCAAGUGCCACGAGAAGUGCCAGGACCUGCUCAACGCAGAUUGCCUGCAGCGGGCUGCAGAGAAGAGCUCCAAGCACGGGGCGGAGGACCGGACGCAGAACAUCAUCAUGGUGCUCAAGGACCGCAUGAAGAUCCGGGAGCGGAACAAACCUGAGAUCUUCGAGCUCAUCCAGGAGAUCUUCGCCGUGACCAAGACCGCGCAUACGCAGCAGAUGAAGGCGGUCAAGCAGAGCGUGCUGGACGGCACGUCCAAGUGGUCGGCCAAGAUCAGCAUCACUGUGGUCUGUGCCCAGGGCUUGCAGGCAAAGGACAAGACGGGAUCCAGUGACCCCUAUGUCACUGUCCAGGUUGGGAAGACCAAGAAACGGACGAAAACCAUCUAUGGGAACCUGAACCCUGUGUGGGAGGAGAACUUCCACUUUGAAUGUCACAACUCCUCAGACCGAAUCAAGGUGCGUGUCUGGGACGAGGAUGAUGACAUCAAAUCCCGUGUAAAGCAGCGGUUUAAGAGGGAAUCCGAUGACUUCCUGGGACAGACGAUCAUCGAGGUGCGGACACUCAGCGGCGAGAUGGACGUGUGGUACAACCUGGACAAGCGGACUGACAAAUCCGCCGUAUCAGGUGCCAUCCGGCUACACAUCAGUGUGGAGAUCAAAGGCGAAGAAAAGGUGGCCCCCUACCAUGUCCAGUACACUUGUCUACACGAGAACCUGUUCCACUUCGUGACAGACGUGCAGAACAACGGGGUUGUGAAGAUCCCAGAUGCCAAGGGUGAUGACGCCUGGAAGGUUUACUAUGAUGAGACAGCCCAGGAGAUUGUGGAUGAAUUUGCCAUGCGCUACGGCGUCGAGUCCAUCUACCAAGCCAUGACCCACUUUGCCUGCCUCUCCUCCAAGUACAUGUGUCCCGGGGUGCCCGCCGUCAUGAGCACCCUUCUCGCCAACAUCAAUGCCUACUAUGCGCACACCACCGCCUCCACCAACGUGUCCGCCUCUGACCGCUUCGCUGCCUCCAACUUUGGGAAAGAGCGCUUUGUCAAGCUUCUGGACCAGCUGCACAACUCCCUUCGGAUCGACCUCUCCAUGUAUCGGAAUAACUUCCCAGCCAGCAGCCCAGAGAGACUCCAGGACCUCAAAUCCACUGUGGACCUUCUCACCAGCAUCACCUUCUUUCGGAUGAAGGUGCAAGAACUCCAGAGCCCACCCCGAGCCAGCCAAGUGGUGAAAGAUUGCGUGAAAGCCUGCCUCAACUCUACUUAUGAGUACAUCUUCAACAACUGUCAUGAACUCUAUAGCCGGGAAUACCAGACAGAUCCGGCUAAGAAAGGAGAAGUUCCCCCAGAGGAACAGGGACCCAGCAUCAAGAACCUUGACUUCUGGUCCAAGCUGAUCACUCUCAUAGUGUCCAUCAUUGAGGAAGACAAGAAUUCAUACACUCCCUGCCUCAACCAGUUUCCCCAGGAGCUGAACGUGGGUAAAAUCAGUGCUGAAGUGAUGUGGAACCUGUUUGCCCAGGACAUGAAGUAUGCCAUGGAGGAGCAUGACAAGCAUCGCCUGUGUAAGAGUGCUGACUACAUGAACCUACACUUCAAGGUCAAGUGGCUAUAUAAUGAGUAUGUGGCAGAGCUUCCUGCCUUCAAGGACCGCGUGCCUGAGUACCCUGCGUGGUUUGAGCCCUUUGUCAUCCAGUGGCUGGAUGAGAAUGAGGAGGUGUCCCGGGAUUUCCUGCAUGGGGCCCUGGAGCGAGACAAGAAGGAUGGGUUCCAGCAGACCUCAGAGCACGCUCUGUUCUCCUGCUCCGUGGUGGAUGUCUUCUCCCAGCUCAACCAGAGCUUUGAGAUCAUCAAGAAACUUGAGUGCCCUGACCCCCAGAUCGUGGGGCACUAUAUGAGGCGCUUUGCCAAGACCAUCAGUAAUGUGCUCCUCCAGUAUGCAGACAUCAUCUCCAAGGACUUCGCCUCUUACUGCUCCAAGGAGAAGGAGAAAGUGCCCUGCAUCCUCAUGAACAACACCCAGCAGCUCCGAGUGCAGCUGGAGAAGAUGUUCGAAGCCAUGGGAGGAAAAGAGCUGGAUGCUGAGGCCAGUGACAUCUUGAAGGAGCUCCAGGUGAAACUCAACAAUGUCUUGGACGAGCUCAGCCGGGUGUUUGCUACCAGCUUCCAGCCACACAUCGAGGAGUGUGUCAAGCAGAUGGGUGACAUCCUCAGCCAGGUGAAGGGCACGGGCAACGUGCCAGCCAGUGCCUGCAGCAGCGUGGCCCAGGACGCUGACAAUGUACUGCAACCCAUCAUGGACCUGCUGGACAGCAACCUGACUCUCUUUGCCAAAAUCUGCGAGAAGACGGUGCUGAAGCGGGUGCUGAAGGAGUUAUGGAAGCUGGUCAUGAACACCAUGGAGAAGACCAUCGUCUUGCCACCCCUCACCGACCAGACGAUGAUCGGCACCCUCUUGAGAAAACAUGGCAAGGGAUUAGAAAAGGGCAGGGUGAAAUUGCCAAGCCACUCAGAUGGAACCCAGAUGAUCUUCAAUGCAGCCAAAGAACUGGGUCAGCUGUCUAAACUCAAGGACCACAUGGUACGAGAAGAAGCCAAGAGCUUGACCCCGAAGCAGUGUGCAGUAGUUGAGCUGGCCCUGGACACCAUCAAGCAAUACUUCCACGCAGGUGGCGUGGGCCUCAAGAAGACCUUCCUGGAGAAGAGCCCAGACCUGCAGUCCCUGCGCUACGCCCUGUCCCUCUACACGCAGGCCACCGACCUGCUCAUCAAGACCUUCGUGCAGACGCAAUCGGCCCAGGGCUCGGGUGUGGAAGACCCUGUGGGUGAAGUUUCAGUCCACGUGGAGCUCUUCACUCAUCCGGGAACCGGGGAGCACAAGGUCACUGUGAAAGUGGUGGCGGCCAAUGACCUCAAGUGGCAGACCUCUGGCAUUUUCCGGCCAUUCAUCGAGGUCAACAUCAUCGGGCCCCAGCUCAGCGACAAGAAACGCAAGUUUGCAACCAAGUCCAAGAACAACAGCUGGGCCCCCAAGUACAACGAGAGCUUCCAGUUCACGCUGAGCGCAGACGCGGGCCCGGAGUGCUACGAGCUGCAGGUGUGCGUCAAGGACUACUGCUUCGCGCGCGAGGACCGCACGGUGGGGCUGGCCGUGCUGCAGCUGCGGGAGCUGGCCCAGCGCGGGAGCGCCGCCUGCUGGCUGCCACUGGGUCGCCGCAUCCACAUGGACGACACGGGCCUCACAGUGCUGCGCAUCCUGUCACAGCGCAGCAACGACGAGGUGGCCAAGGAGUUCGUCAAGCUCAAGUCGGACACGCGCUCCGCCGAGGAGGGCGGCGCGGCGCCUGCGCCCUAGCGCGGGGCACGCGGGCGGGCAGCACUGCGCCUGCGCGCGGGGCGGGGCGACGUCUGUGCGCUGGGACCUGCCAGAGGCCGAGUCUCCGGGCUCUGCGCGGAGGGCUGAGUGCGCCUGCGCCCUUGACUUAGCUCCCACCUCUAGGGACUGGUGAACGGACGACGCCCCGCCCCCUCGAGCAGCCACGCCCUAGGGCGCGAUGAAGGAAGAAGCCACAUCCCCUACUAGAAGCCAAGUCCCCAGCGCCUAGGGGACCUUUCGAGCUGGGAUGGGAGGGAGUCCUGCCCCCCUGUGGAGGAGGCCAGGUCCUGGGGCUCUGGUACGGGGAGACCCUGCCUCCUGUCCCCUGGAAAAGCCAUAAGAUGGGUCCCCAAAUCCUGGGGCCCAAGACCAAUUGCCAAGUAUGGAACUCUCAGCUCCCUGGAGGGGCGGGCCCUGGGCAAGGGGCAGGGCUUCCUAGAGCGCCCCCUGGGGUGGUCUAGGGGGUGGAGGCACUAGAAAGCUGGUUGGAGGGCCCAGGUUGGACCAGAGUGUCUUUUCAUGUUUGUGCAAAACAUAAACAGGGAGGGAGGGGAGGAUGGGAUUUCAAAAGCACAUGCGCCCUCGGGCGCCCAAACCCUGGGGGCCAAGUGGACGGCUCUGAAGCACCCGCACUGCCCCCACUUCCCCAUGGGGGUUUGCCUCUCCUUUCCCCCCAACAUACCCAUCCUCAUGGCAUAGAGUUUAACCCACCCGUUUAACAGAUGGCAGAACUGCGGCCCAGAGAGCCGCUCGAGACUUUGCUGAAGGUCCCAGUGCCACACCUUCUCCCCACUCCCUUUGGCCUGUGUGCCCCAUCUAAGGGUGGGCUGAAAUCGGAUGACCCGACACAGCUCCCCAUUGCUGCUAACCCCUCCUCAGGGGACCUCCCCCGUUCCUUACAAGGGAUGGGGGUUCUGGGCCAAGGCCCCCACUGCCCCCUCCCACGGCUGGCUGCCAAGCAAGACCCCAGCCCUCAGCCCUUCCCCCGGGACCCUAUGGGAAGAUUCCCUGAGAACUCUUGACCUCCCACCAAGAAAGAGUGAGGGCUUGGGACUCCCUGGACCCAGGCACCGCUCCCCCCAACCCCUUCUUCCUCUCCCAGAAUUCUCCAGGCAGGCGAGAAAGAGACCAGAAACUCUAGGUGUGUGUAUAUAUGUGUGUGUGUGUAAAUAUACCAACAUGCUCGGA